CUGACCUGCCAACCCACUAUCCCACAACAAAGUCCCAAUUCAGUCGGUUAGCCUGGACGUCUCAGCACUGUGAAGGCCAUUACGGCAAACAACGCUUCCAUGGGCCUUACUCACUGUAUUAGGGAUGGACAAAUACGUUAGAUUCAAACAAUCGGCUCAGUAGAGGAAGGAACCUAUCCUUGUAUCAGGAUGGCUUAGCCAACACGACAAUGGCCGUAUGAUUCUUUGGCGUUAUCAAAUGUGCUUUGAGAAGCCCUGGCCGGGAAAGUCACGUAUGAUAAUUGGUUGUUCCGGUGUUGAUUAUUAGGUGCGGCAAACACUGUUGUUGUUUGUUUGUUACGUUGACGCCGCAUUCUGUAAGAAUGGCUGAGCGACCACGGGGCAGCGGCCUCGCACCAAACGCCGCCACUCUCCUCGUAUUGCUUGUGCUGGAGGUGGCAGUGACGGGUGGCGCAGCUAGUGAUGUUGCGUACUCGGCGGCUGAUCGUGGUCGUAUGGUGCGAGAUGUGGUCAACAUGAUCAGACCGGACUCGCCCGAAGCCACCCAGCAGCGGUUGGCGGAGGAUGAAGAGGAGUACUCGUACUUCUUGCAGGGCCGCCAGCAGGAACUGAACAUGGCCAUGCUGGAGGAAAGCCAUGCCUCUCCAGGGCGGGACACCGAGGAAGAGCAGAUUCUGUCCAGGAAAAGGCGCAGCACUUCUGGAUGUACGCCGAAGAUGGACUUGCUGUUCAUUCUGGACGCGUCCUCGUCCGUGUCCACCCCGAACUUCAAGACGAUGAAGUCGUUCGUGUUCGACCUGACCAACGAACUGGACGUGUCGGAGACGGGAACUCGUGUGGCCACCAUCAUGUAUGGAACAAACGCGGAGGUCGUCUUCUACUUCAACACCCACUACGCCAAAGAGGAGGUCAAAGCCAGCAUACAGGCUCUUCCGGAAGUGGCCAAGGGCCUCACCAACACCGGGGAAGCCCUCACGCUGGCCAAGACACGUGUUCUACUGGCAGAGAAAGGCAGUCGUAUCUUUGACGUGACACCGCACACGCCACAGGUGAUCAUCCUGCUCAGUGACGGCCAGUCGAACAUCGGACCGGUGCCUGAAGGACGUGCUGAUGAUCUGAAGUCGCUCGGAGCCAGGAUCAUCUCCAUUGGUAUCAAUGUUGGUGGCGGUGCUGUGAGCGAGCUGAACGCCAUUGCCUCAGACCCGGACUCUGAACAUGUGUUCUUCAUCAGCAACUUUGCCGAGCUGAGGGACAUCCUCGGUAACAUCACCGCACUGGCUUGCAAUGCCAAUGCAACUCUGACCCGCCCUCCCACCUGGGGUGCGUGGACAAGCUGGGCGGAGUGCAGCGUGAGCUGCGGCGGUGGAACACGCUCCCGCUCCCGUACCUGCAUCUCGCCCACGCCGGGCGUGAACGUCACCAACGCCAACUGCACGGGCGACGCAUCCGAGUCCGAGGCCUGCUCUACGGAUGUGUGUCCGUCCAAAGAAUGCCAGAACAAGGUGGACAUUGUGUUUCUGCUGGAAGCGUCGCGCUACGUGACCCAGGCCGAGUUUCAGGCGCAGAUCAACUUCACGGCGACGGUCGUCUCCUUCUUCGGCGUGCUGCCGUCGCAGGCCAAGGUUUCCGUUGUCAAAUACGGAUCCUCGCCCACGGUGGAGUUUGACUUUGAGCAGCACACCACGGACAACCGUGCACGCAACGCCAUCCUGGCACUGUCGCCCUACACGGGCUACCAGCGUAACAUGGCGGCGGCGUUCAGGCAGACCCGUCGGCAACUGAUCCGCCUCGAGGCCGGCGCCAGGUUGAACACUACGGGAGUAGCGCAGGUUGUGGUCCUGAUCACCAGCGGUUUCCAGGAGCCGUCAUCCAGCCUAGCCUCACUAGACGCGGCCGAGAUGAAGAUCAUGGGAAGUCAAGUUGUGGUCAUCGGCGUCAAGAACACCGGUAACCAAGUGUUCAAGGCCUUCCUGACAAGCCUGGCGUCGGAGAGCUCCCUUGUGGCCCAAGUAGCCACCUUUGCCGCCCUCACGUCGGUCGAGCACUGGGCUACGGGACUGAUCUGCCAUCGUCCUCCGGCCAAUCCCCGUUACUUUUACUCCCAAUGGGGUGCCUGGGGUAGCUGUUCUGUGACAUGUGGCAUAAACGGUAUUGCCAUGCGACGCCGCUCCUGCAACUGCAUCAGCUCGACGUCGCAGUGCGGAUCAGCUGCUUACGGACCCAGUGUGUCGUGUACGGAUACCGACCUGGCAGCGGAGAGUCAGGGGUGCACUGCCGGCCUGUGUCCUCCCAGUGAUCCGGUGUACCUGGGAGCUGGCUGUCCGCUGGGUGCUGUGUUCACGUGGCAUGCAUUCAGUGGUCUGUACUACACUCUGUACAUUAAUGGCUCUAUCAUGGAUGCCAGUUGCGGAUCUACAGCUCUGGGUACAUGCUCCGUUUUCUCUCUGAUGGCGAAUGAAACAUACUCGUGUAGGCUGCGUGCCUGCCGGGGUGACGGUGGCAACUGCGCAUACAGUAACCUGGCUUACUUCUCUACUGGCCACUACUAUACGUCCAUUGUCGGUCGUACAUUCACUAGCUUCUUCAGCAUAUCGUAUGUGGUAGCGUCGUCAGUAUUUAUCCGGUCCGAGGCCAGUGGUCCGUACGGCUGCAUUCUUGCCCUGGAGGGUAGCGAUGAAGCAAUCCGCUACUCCCAGGAGCUUUCUAUCACAUACGUCUGUUAUGUAACCCUUGACAACGGGACAGCUAUUGCCACGGCAUCACUGGACAUUGCCAACGCCACUAGUAUCAACAACUUGUCGCCAAGCACAUCAUACAAUUUCCAGUUGUUCGCUCGAAUCGGCGGCAGCUUCUACGAGAUUCCACUGAACACCGGCAACUCCACGGUGAAUGGCUCGCAGGGCAUCGUGACGGGACCGUACGAGUCGCCCAUCGUGCUCGGUCCCGUCAUCCUGAGCCAGGACGGCAACGACGUGCACGUGACCUGGAACUAUGAGCGCCGCAGCAGCCUGCUGGCCGAGAGCGACGGUGUGACGUAUCGUAUCUACCGCAAUGGUGAGGUGGUCUACACACUGCUCUCCUUCGGCAAUCUCACCUACACUAUGGUGAACGCCUCGACGGCCAUUGACAGCUAUCGGGCAACAUGCUGCAGCACGCGUGCCUGCACCGAGGGCUUCAUCUCCAUCAUCAACAAACCACCGGAAAUACCCAAGUUCUGGGUGGUGAUACGCGGCACAGUGCUGCGCUGGGAGCGCACUCACUACCACUCCUUCACUCUGUUCUUCAACGGCUCCAGUAGUGUGCCCGGCUGUAGUAACAUCACGGAGAGGUCGUGUGUGGCCAGCAGCCUGAGAUCCUACGCCAUGUACAAUGUGGAGCUGAAGGCAUGCUACUACUCUAUCUGCAGUAGAAGCCAGGUGACUGUGUUACGCACUGGUCCGCCAGCCAUAACAGCAGCCAACAUAUCUGCAUCCGGCAAUGGAGGUGUUCCCAUCCCGGGCCUGAACGUCUUCAACCUGCCCUAUCGUCCCAUACUGGAGGCCGGCGCUCUGGGACCGGACACAAUUGCCGUAUUCCUCAUGAAGGGUGCCACACUGGAGAACUCCAAAGGCGGUCCACAGGAGAGCGGCUUCACCAACGCGAAAUUCCACUUGUUCGUCGUUCACACAAACGGUACUGUUGCCAAGAGUUUGGAGGUGGAGCCGACUCUGCUGACCAAGAUUACGCAACUCGACUCCUCGACCACGUACAACAUGGAGCUCUACACGAUCAUCAACAAUGUGUGGUACCUCGUACCCGGACCAUCGCCGACCGACUCGCGCCACGUGGGGACAACCAUCAUCCCUGUGGCGCAUGGCAGUGGACCACUUGGAGUACCCAGCAGUACCAAUCUUGGUCCGUACCUGCCUGGAUUUGGUGGUGGAUUGGCACCAGGAGGGACAAGCAAUGUCUACACGGUACCAACGACUGCAAGUGACUGUGUUCCCACAACCCAGGUUAUCACACUCUCAACCUCCUUCCCCACCAUCAACAGUCGACCAACCGUGCAUAGAAUCACGGGAACAACUAAGGUGAUGAUAAACUGGACAGUACCAGAGCUAGCCAGCAUCAGCUACUCCAGUGAGACCACAUUCAACAUAGUGCGGGACGGCAAGGUUGUCAAGACAGUCAGCGCUACCAGUCACCUGUACGUCGAGGACACUCCCGGCGCCGGUUUCCAUGGAUACACGGUGAUUGUCUGCUACCGUACGGAGUGCGUCAAGUCGCAGAAUGAAGUCACUGAGCCGUCCACGCCGAAGGCAACCCAGACGCCGGUCGGUACCGUAAUUGAUUGGGAGAAGACGCCCAGCUGUCCGUGCAUCUCAACGGUCAUUGUGAACGGCAGCGUGGUGGAGUCCUGUAAGAAUACCAAGACGGACGUGUGCGUUGUGCCGUACACCGACCUGGGACUGGACCCCGGUCAGAAACACGUGCUGAGCGUGGUGGUUCGGGAAUGCUCUGAAGUGCUCGGAUGCUCGGACAGUGAGCCCAGAGUUCUGCAUACCGACGUAUUGCGUCCAGCUCCACACAACAUCCCCACACACAACCUGUAUGUGUCUGGAGGUAUAGUGUUUGCCAGCACAAGCACCGCCACUACAACAUCAUCAACAACUACUACCAGCACUAGCAGCACACAAUUCAGUGCCACGUCCGUAUCAUACGGCAUCAUCACCGGAAGGACUACCUAUGCGGGCGGUGCAAGCUCCGGCUCUGGGGCUGCAGCACCCACCGAUGCCAGUGGCCAGCCACUCGCGUCGUCCACGAACGUGGCGAACCCGUCGCAGGAGACCGUUCUACUCGGCGGCUCUAUCCUGCAGAUUGGUGGUACCGUGCUGGACACUACGAAGUCCAUGGUGCAGAUCAACAGCACACUGCUACAGACCAGCAGCACGGUGGUCAGGGACAUGCUGCAGUUUGGCAUGCCCGUGCUGCAGAUCUCAGCCAGCAGCUCCACGUCACUGCAGGCCGAGCUCACCACAUCCAUUGUUGCCGGUAAAUGUGCUUGCCUAAUGCAGCAACCCGGCACCACCCUGCCCGAGGGCAUCACACAGCCAAAGUACUAUGUCUUUGUCAAGCACACGACCAAUCAGAGCGUGGUGGCCUACACAUCCAUUGAGCCGGGAAACAAGACCACCGUGACAGGCCUACGUGCAGAGGCCAACUACGAAGUGGACUUCUUUGUCUACUACGCUGGAAUCUGGUUUGAAGUGAAGACCAAUGGUGUGGACAAGGAUGGAGUACCUGUCCUGUCUCCGUCAUCACCCACAGUGGCACCCGGCACAACACCACCCCCGGGAGAAGAGGCACCGCCCCAGGUCAUUAGUACCCCGAAACCCGGGGCACCGUCCGGGAUCAAACCCCCAGUGGUGACACCCGACCCAGAUGACCCCAGGUACUACCUGGUCCGGGUGGAGGUUCCAAACGUCGAUCUAACCGGGGUACCCGAAACCCCGACCACUGUUGACGAGGAAGCACCCACCCUGACCCCGGGGGUCACCCUGGCCCCUCCCAAUGUCGUUCCCGGCGAGCCGACUGUUCCGUUCAUUGCCACGACGACACCAGCUGGCAUAGCGUCGACCACUGCAGCGCCUACGGGGGUACCCGGAGCACCAGGUACAAAUAUCAAGCCGAUCAACUACGUCGUCUACAAGAAUGGCAUCCCAGUGCAGGAAGGUACCAGCUAUGGUGGGAACAUCACACUGAAAGUGCCGGCAUCGCCCGACAAGACGCUUCCCGUGGGCGACAUCUACCAACUGAAGCUGUGCAACGAGCAGGACUGCAGCACCAGCGUGUUGACGGUGGCACCACCGGUGGUGGUCGAGUCCAAGAAGCCCAAGCCGCUGGACCCGACGGCCAUCACGCCCGUCACCGGUGCACCCACCGUGGCACCGCCGCCUACAGCUCCACCAGCACCCACCAUCGGUUACAGUCCACACGGCAUAGUACUGACCUGGCCUGUGACACCCGAUAACACGUACACCGUGCUGGUUGAUCAUGAGGUUGUGCCCACCUGCUCAAACAUGCCCUCAUCGGAAUGUCUACUGCCUGACCCCACGCCCAGCAAGACCUACGUUUUCUCCAUCUGGGCGUGCACCAAGAAGAGCUGCGCCAGCUCCCCCAAUCAGCCGCACACGGUACCCUCUAACCCGCUGCUACGCACGCCCAUCAUCGUCUUCAUAUUCGUGCCGCCGAGCGGUCCCGAAGCCAUCCCCGCACCGCCACCGCCGUCGCAAGCAUCGGCCGGUACCGGCGCCCCAGCCACCACACAGGCCGGGGCGGUCACUACACCUGCGGCUGGUGCUGGCGGUCCCGGGGGCUCUGGACCGGACAGGACGAAAACGUCGCCGACCAAGCUACCGGGCAACGUGGUACGCAUGGGCGGACCGUGCUUGUCGGCUACCGAAACAGACGAGUACACCGUGCCGGCCGACUCCAGCGUCUCGGGUCGUAUCGCCGGGGUUACCGAUCCCGUACAAACCGCCAGCAACCCGCUGUUGGAGGACCUACUGAAGAACAACAUACCCGAAAUCAUUCUCUCGCCGUCCAGUUCGACGAGCGUCAAGGUCACGCUCACCAAGCCCGUCAAUACCAGCGAGCCGACGGCCCUCAUCGAGUACUACGUCGUGUUCGAGCGCAACAUCACCAAGCCGCCGCCAGGCAGCGGCCAGACCACCGGCGGGACCAGCCAGGGCACAACGACGUCAUCGCCGGGCAGCGGUGACGUAGUCGAGGUCAAGACCUUCCAGCUGUACCCACCGCAGCCGACGGAGUGCGAGAACCUCGCGCCCAGCGCCAACUACGAGGUGAAGUUCUACUGCGUCAAGAAGAUCAGCCCGCGGCCCAUCUGGAUACGCAUCAAGCUACCCGAUCAUCAGCUGCCUGGAGGGUUCUACCCGACGACACAGCCACCAACAAGCACAACAGCACCGGGUGAAGGUGGCGGUGCUGGUGGUGGUGGUGGAGCUGGUGGUGGUGGAGGUGGCAUUGCGACAACGCCAGGCAUUGUCCCCACCACCGCACCGUCCCAACACUGCUCCGGUAGCGGCAGCAGCAGUAGCAGCAGCUCCGGCAGUAGUAGCAGCGACAGUACCUGCGGAUUGCUGCCGGUCGGACCCAUCAUCCUCGUGACGCCCUCGCAAGGUGCGCCCAUCGACGUCCCCCCGCCUACCGUAACUCGUCCCAAUCUCAACGAUCCCAAGCUCGUCAUCACCGUCGUGAUUCCGCUCAAGCCCACGAGCCCGGAGAGAGUCGGCCCGUUGCCCGGCACGAUCCCCAUAGAGACGGGUGUCGUGCCAACCAGCAGGCCAGCAACUACCCCCACAGUACGUCCGGGCAGUGGCACUGGCGAGACGCCCACUUACACAGUGUUUCGUGACGGCACCCCGGUGACCGAGGGCGAGGGCGCUGGAACGGUUAAGGUGGUCGACUGCUGCGACCUGUGGGCCAUCUCUCCCUUCUAUACCAUACUGGUAUGCUAUGGCGGUGCGUGUACGUCCAGCGACGGUGUGAGAGCUCCAGCCAAGACUGCUAAUCCGCAGACGGAAAUGCAGACGCUUGGCUCUGGCGGGGGCAGUAAUGAUGGCAGCACGUCUGAGCGCAAGGCAACGUGUAAUGAACUGGGCAUGCAAGGCUCCGGGUGGGCCAUCAUGGCACUUGUCUUCGUCGGCUUGUUUGCCAUGGCACUGGCGUUGAUCACCUUCCUAGUCUGCACACGCAAUCAAGAAGUAGAGGAGAAGGAAGAAGUGAACAUUGUAAAACUGGACAAAGAGAAGGCCCCAGAGCCAGACUCCAUGUGGAGUAGAUAUCAAAGUAAAGGACGCCGGGGUACCAACGCGUCCGACGCCCCAUUGAACCCGGAAGGCCAACGACGACAAAGCGAGGCACCGACACCUGCUGAACUGUUCCGCAGACCCACGUGAUGCACAGCCAGUCGAUGCUGAGCUAGCUUAAAGGAGAUCAUGAUGGGCGUUAACUCAUGCGUGUUCUGCAGUGCUUUCAUGCCCCAUGCCUCCCUUUAUCUCUCUCUCUCUCUCUCUCUCUCUCUCUCUCUCACGCAUUCGUGCUCUCUCUCUCUAUCUCUCUCUCUCUCUCUCUCUCUCUCUCUGUCUCUCUCUCUCUCUCUCUCUCUCUCUCUCUCUCUCUCUCUCUCUCUCUCUCUCUCUCUCUCUCUCUCUCUCUCUCUCUCUCUCUCUCUCUCUCUCACUCUCUCUCUCUCUCUCUCUCUCUCUCUCUCUCUCUCUCUCUCUCUCUCUCUCUCUCUCUCUCUCCCCCCCCCCCCCCGCCCACCACCACCACCGUCAUGACCCGAUGAUUGCAAUCCAGCAUUGCAAAUCUAACACAUUUACACCUAUGAUGGGCGUCUCACAUGAUCCAUUACGAUGAACAUUUUUUAUGAUAAGCGGAUUUUGAAUUUAGCCAUUCAACUGGCCGAACCGUAGCCACUACACUACAUGCAUGCAAAGUAUUUAUUACAGACCACCUAUACUAUGGGGAGUCAUAUAUUACCGGUCUUUUACUACUCCCAGCUGCUCGUGAUAUUGCGGUGUCUUUUGUUCGCUGUUCUGCCUGGAUUUCAUCGGAAGAUGUGUUACUAAUCAACCUCAAUAGUCCAUGGACCCUUCCAUGGCUGACAUGCUAAUUGUACAAUCAUCAUGUUAUCAACUUAUCAUUGCAAUAUUUGUUUUUAAAAAACAAACAAUAGAAAACAGUAA